UUUCUUUGACAAAGUUUAUUAAAUUUGUCUAGAAUUUAUAUUCCUGAAAUUAUGUUUUUCUCUUCCUACCUGAGUUGGGGAUUUUGUCAAUCUAGCAUGGUAAUAAUUAAAAAAGGAUGAAAAAGAAAACAAAUAGUUUUAUGGAUGGAUUAGUUUUUGCUUGCUUCAAGAAAGUCAGGGUACGACAAACAAAACCAUCUUUUGGCCGAACAAUUGAUGAGAUAACUUCUCCUGCUAGUAUGGCAGCAUCGUCAUUAGGCAUGCGAGGUGGUAAUACAUUCUUGUUUCAGAAAGCAGAAGUAAAAGUAAAGACCAGGUUGAGAUGGUUAAUUGAGGCACAUUCGACUAAUGUCCUUCUGUAUCGUCGUCAUCUGAAAUUCAGCAAACAAGAAUACUCGAUUGCAAAAAUUGUUCGCAACAUUAGAGCAGCAGUGGGUUCCUCUUCUGCGGCAUACUUGGAUACUGAUUUCGGUACGGACUUAGAGUUGGUCCGCCACAAAUUGGAGAAGCAAUCGCGAAGGGACAAUGCUGUUAGGGAAAAUAAGGUUGAAGUUUGUCAGGAGCAGGUACCUACCAUAUCGGCCGAAAAGCUACAUGAGUGGAUGACAUAUUCAGUGUCCGAGAUUGUGAAGAACAUCGGCGAGGUGCCUCUUCUUGUGCACAUUUACUCAUCAAAGAAUAAGGGAGGAAUAUCACCAGUAGGAUCCCCACUUACUGCCAUACCAAUAUCCAUAAUUGAUAAAAAGAAAGCUGAUCCGGAUACCUGGGUUGGUGUUACUAGGAGAUGGGAAGAAGGAAAUCCCGUCCCUGAUGGGAUUAUCCUGGUUGAACAACUAAAUGUGGACAACCACAGCUACAAUGGUAUCAAAGUUGAAACUCCCAAUAUGACCAACAUUAGCAGCAGCAACACAAAAACAUGGGGGGUCGUGAUCCAGGGUAGAGGAGUUGAUUCUGCUUCCUCAUGCUACAUCCUCAAGACAUGUCGAAUCGGGUCAUUAUUAGGAUUCUGCACUCACUUCUGCUUGAUAAAGGCUAAAUGUUUUGCGGAAGUUGCAGAUAUACAGCUAAAGAACUCAUGGCUGCUUAAUCAACUAAACAAUUAGAGGAAGUGGGACUUCCAAGACAGGAUUAGGAAGCUGUUUAUUUGCGAGAGUGGGAUUGAUGGAGGGAUAUAGAAUGUAAAUAGAUGCGAACAUUUCUCUAGACUGUAAUAUAGAAUCUCCCUCAAUUGGGUUUCCAGGAAACACGAUUCGAGAUAGAAUGUACAAGAUGUAAGGAUGGCAUGCUGUGUCUAAAACAUGGCAUAACUGAGUUUAAAACGACAUCCUACGACCAUAUAUCAUCAAUUGAGUUUUACUCUUCCAUAA